AUGUCUAAAGGAGUUGGGUCGGCACCUUACUCAUCGCGUUAUGAUUAUAUUGAAAAAUUAAUUAUUAAUUCACAAAAAAUAUCAAUUGAAUUAGAUGAACAAUGUAUUAGUGCUAGUGAAUUAUUAUAUAAAAUACAAUGUUUAUCAUUGUAUUUAUUAAAUGAGUGUGAUGAUAUGAUGAAACAAAUGCAUAAUACAAUUAUUUAUCAAUGUGUUGAAAGAUCAAUUGAAAUGAUAAUUGGAAUGUUUACAAUAUUUACUUGUGGUCUUGUCUACUCUGCACUAAAUCCUCAGGAUACAGAUCA